GUAAAUAGAGAUUAUAGUGUAGAGACAUGUCGGUAAACUCAGAACAUAACUCAUACAACGUAUUGAUAUAUUCAUCUGCUUAGCUGAUUAUUUAAGUACACUAUCAUACUACCAAUUGAAUGACUCUUUGAAGUUAACCAGCAGUCUAGAACGUGCUCAAACGAAAUUCAGAUAUUCGGAGUCAUUAACAGGAGUCAAGUGUCUACCACGGCCACAACUACGCCACAGCCGCAUCACAGCUUAAUCUAGUCUAUAUAUUAGCAACACUAAGUCCACACCAUGAGAUGUGUUUUAAUUCUGUUAUUGUUAAGCUUCAGUUUCGGGAGAGAAUCGGAGAACAAAAGACGGGUGCGACGAAAAACUAUCUCAGUCUUUGCGGUAAAAUGCCGUAAGACACCAGGAUUUCGAGCUUAUGAACAAGGCAACGUUAAAAUGUGUAUUUACUACAGUGAAAAGAAAACGACCUACUACCAUGCUGACGCUCAUUGCAAAAGCUUUGGUGGUAGAUUGGCUUUACUAGAUACGGACACUAAAUUUCAUAUGGUAUCAUCAAUUAAAAAUGCAUGGGUCAGAUACAAGGAUGAUGAAACUUUGUGUUCCUGCUUGCGUUGCAUAAAUCUUACUUACCACAUGUGCAUAACGGAUCCAAAAGUCUAUCUUUGUCAGAUAAAUAUUGUAUAAAGCUCUAGACAAUGUCUUCGAUACUAUGGAAAAUAAACUAAAAGACUCUGAAA